GCUCGAUCUUGCUGCAUGUUCUUCAUCUCUCUCUCCUUCUCUCACUAAAAAUUGCUAAGUUUCUCUCUUAAUUAAUUUGCUAAGUUCAAGGAAUACGUAGGAUUCCUUCCAAUUAUAAGGUUUGAUAUUAUUAUUAUUAUUGUUAUUAUUAUUAUUAUUAUUAUUAUUAUUAUUAUUAUGGAAAACCACCAAAACAUUACAAGCUUAACAAGCUACAAAGAUCAAUAAUAUUAAUAUUAAUAUUAUUAUUAUUAUUUAUUUUGACUUAAAUAAUAUUUGGUAUUUUUAGAAAGUAACAAAUGUAUUAAUAAUAUUUGAAAGUGAAAUAAUUCAUUCACUUCUCACCAAAGGGUCUAAAGUUUCACUCUAAGUCUAAACACUCAUCAAUUCUCUUCGAAACAUUUAUUUACUUCCAAUCAUGAUUUUCAUCCCAAAAUUGUCUAUUUUCUUUUUCAUGUUAUUUAUUACAAUAGAAACAAUAUAUUCAGAAAAUGGGCAACAAUCCACCGGCCCAAAACCCUUUUAUUUCUCUCAAUCACUCGACCACUUUAGUACCGGGAACAUGAGUAAAAUCAUGUUUGAACAACGUUAUUUUAUUGACAAAAGUUUUUGGGCCGGUUCAAAUUCUAAAACACCCCUUAUCGUCUAUUUGGGAGGAGAAGAUCCUAUAGACAACGAGGUACAAGCUAUAGGAGUGAUAAAUCAAGCUGCGCCUAAGUUUAGGGCAUUAGUUUUAUAUAUAGAGUUUCAGUUGAGGCCUUGAAAUUAAGUUUGGUAUCAUAUUAUACGUCGUAUGCUCAAUAUAAUGGACGUUACAACGGUGGGAUCAACGGGGUUUGUGAAGAAAUAGUCAAGGCAUCAGAUGAUGACUUACUAGGAGGUAUUGCUCGUUCGGCAAUUGACGGAUUCUCGUGCUAUAAUGUGGAUUAUUUUAUGGCUAAUACCAACACAAGUGGAAGCUCGUUUAACCUUGAUAAUGCAACAAAAGCGUGGAACUGGCAGGUUUGUAGCGAGUUUAUAUUUCGUAAUGGUGUUGGAAAUGAUACUAUGUUUCAACCGGAGCCCUUCAAUUUGACAAUAAGACUUGACUAUUGUAAUACAAAGUAUCACAUUCGUCCACGUACUCAUUGGGUUUCAACCUAUUUUAACGGAUACGAUAUGCGAUCAACUCUCAAACAAUUUGGGAGUAAUAUAAUAUUUUCAAAUGGGCUUAUGGACCCAUUUAGUUCAUUCGGGGUGUUGGAAGAUAUUUCAAAAACCGUAGUGGCUAUAACAACGGAAAAAGGGUCUCAUUGCUUGGAUUUCUACGAUCCACGCCACGACGAUCCUAAGUGGCUUAAUCACCAACGGAAGAAGGAGAUGAAGAUAAUUUCCAGAUGGGUUAAAGAAAGUCAUUCAUCUUCCAACAGUCCCCUAGUUUUGUUUAUAUGGUUUAGUUUUAGCCUUGUUUUUACAUUUUUAAUUUGAGUACUCACCAUACUUGAACAGUGAUAUAUGUAAAUAUUAGAUUAGAUCCCGUGCACGCACAGAUUAUGAACAGUUUUUUACAAAAUAUUUAAUUGAAUAUCUCCAAACUAUUGCAUAAUUAUAAAAUUUUGAAUAUACUCAUUUAACUA